GCUGGCCAGAGGGAUUGUGUGUGUUAGGUGUUGGUUUUCCUAUCAAACUGCCCUGGACUGGAAUGAACCUGCAGGCCCUUUAUCUGCAUAAUAUUUCCUUCUCCUGGAGGGACUCGAAGGACUGGUUCUUGGGGGAGUGAGGCUCUCCUUCUGGGAGAGGGAAUUUUCCAGCAGUAGUUUUGGAGUGGAAACACACACAGAAACAGGGGGGCUGGACACUGGCUUUAUCAGAAGAGACACUAGAACUCCACCGUGCUGUUUACUAGCCCAGACCGCUGAUCCACUGGGAUUUCAGGAAGGUGGUCCGUAUAUGCAGAGGUUGAAGAAGGCCAUCUGAACCAUGUUCUCCUCACCCAUUCUAUACAAGAACCAGAAAUACUCUCAGCUGAAGCAGGAAUGUAAGGAAGCCAAGAAGCUCUUUGAAGAUCCUGAGUUUCCAGCCACCAACAAAUCUCUGUUCUACAGUAAGCCUCCUCCAGGCAUUGUAAAAUGGAAGAGGCCAAAGGAAAUCUGUGAUGACCCUCACCUGUUUGUGGAAGGAAUCAGCUCCCAUGACCUGAACCAGGGUACCCUGGGUAACUGCUGGUUUGUGGCAGCAUGCUCCUGUCUGGCACUCAAACCUGAGCACUGGCAGAAGGUAAUUCCAGACUGGAAGGAACAGGAGUGGGAUGCCAAACUCCCUGAAAACUAUGCUGGAAUCUUCCACUUCCAGUUCUGGAUAUUCGGGGAAUGGCUGGAUGUGGUGGUGGAUGACCGCCUGCCCACCAUCAACGGGGAACUGACCUACUGCCACUCCAAGCUGAAAAAUGAGUUCUGGAGUGCCCUGUUAGAGAAGGCUUAUGCAAAACUGUCUGGAUGCUACGAAUCCCUGGACGGGGGCAACUGUGGAGAUGCAGUGGUGGACUUCACUGGGGCAGUGACUGAGUCCAUCGACCUGGUGCAAGGGAAGUAUGCCACUGACCUGUCUGAGCAGCUGAAGCUGUUUGAGGACCUGCUGAAAGUCUAUGAGAGAGGAGGCAUCAUCAGCUGCUCCAUCAAGGCCUCUCCUCAGGAGAUCGAAGCUCGCAUGGCCUGCGGCCUGGUCAAGGGCCACGCCUACUCUGUGACUGCGGUCAGGAAGGCCCGGCUGGGCCACGGACUCAUGGCCUACUUCAAAUCUGAGAAGGUCUUCCUGAUCCGCAUGAGGAAUCCCUGGGGAAAGAUAGAGUGGAAAGGGGCAUGGAGCGACAGUUCAGAGCAAUGGCAGAAAGUAGGUGAUAUGGAGAGAAAGGCCAUGGAAAUCACAGUGGAAGAUGACGGCGAGUUCUGGAUGGCGUUUGAUGACUGGUGCACCUACUUCACGGAUGUGGAUGUGUGCCGCAUCAUCAACACCUCCAUGCUGAGCCUGGAGAAGACCUGGCAUGAGGCCGUCCACUUCGGCAGCUGGACCAAAAACUCGGAUCCCCUACGCAACCGCUGCGGGGGCUGCCUGAACCACCGCCCGACUUUCCUGCAAAACCCACAGUAUGUGUUUGACGUGACAAAGGAGCUGGACGAAGUUCUCAUUUCCUUGCAGCAGCGAGACAUGAAGAUCCACAGAUCCAUAGGCCAGGGGGAAAAUCUCUCAAUGGGCUUUGUUAUCUUUGAGGUAGAGCUGAACAGAAAGUAUCGGAUGCAUGAUAUACUGACCCAAGACAAUGUGGCCACAUCCACGUACAUCAAUGCACGUACGGUUUUCAUGAGGAAAGUUCUUCGCAAAGGCCGCUACAUCAUCAUCCCGUCCACAUUUUUGCCGCAAACGCUGGGAGACUUCAUGCUCAGGAUCUACACGGAUGUGGAUUCAGACUGCAGAGAGCUAAUUGAGGACAAGCCGAAAGUAAGGUGCUGGAGUAGUUUUUUGGGGUACCCCCAGGCCGUCACACAGAUCUACAUCCAUGAGGCUGAGGGGCUGCAGAACCAGGACAGCCCAGGGGGAGCAGAUCCCUAUGUGAUCAUAUACUGUGAGGGGAAGUCGGUCCGAUCCACAGUCCAGAAGGACACCCUGGAGCCCAAGUUCAACACCAGAGCCAUCUUCUACAGAAAGAGCCCCAGGAAGCCCAUCACUGUCCAGGUGUGGAACAGCAAUGUGGCGCAGGAUCAGUUCCUGGGGCAGGUGGUCCUGGCUGCCUCCCCCAAAGACCCCACGGAUCCUCAGAAGCUGCAGCUACGCAAGAGGGGCCGUCAGAUGGCCGACGAGGUGCUCGGGACCAUCAGCCUGAGAGUGAUCACCAGCAGCCAGCUCACGGCCAUGUGAGCCGGCAUGAAACUGAGCCUCGCCCCGUCCUGCCUAACCCCACGCACCCUACCCCACCCCACUCGCCCUGUCCCACCCGCCCUGUCCCACCCCAGUCAACCUGCCCUGCCCCACCCCACUCACCCUACCCCACUUUGUUUAACAGAAGGAAAAAUAUGUUUAAAAAAUAAGCACGAAAGCUCAAAUGUGGCAGUUUUAAUUGGCUAGCUGCGCUUAAUGGUGCACUACAAAUGCCAGAAGCUUUGCUUUGUGCCGUUGUUAUCAAUCCUUGUUGAGAGCUGGUGGAAAUGUUGCUUAACCCCCAUGCAGCAUCUGCAAGCUCCUCCUUUGGCAGCUUUCCUGAGGGAAACACUGCAUUGUUUGCUACUGUGCUGCAUGGUGCCGUUGGCUUGUUAUUUCAGUGAUCCGGCUCUAUUGGGUUUGGGCUUAAAAUCUGACGGGCUGGUUCGGGCCGGGUCGGGUCGGGUCGGGUCGGGUCGGGUUGGGCCGUAAGCACAUCAGGCUCAGUCAGGCUCAGGCCUCAUUUAUAGCCAAGUACAGAUUUAAGCCCAUGUGUUCUACAUACUACAAAAACCCAUGUGUUCUACAUACUACAAAAACCCAUGUGUUCUACAUACUACAAAAACCCAUGUGUUCUACAUACUACAAAAACCCAUGUGUUCUACAUACUACAAAAACCCAUGUGUUCUACAUACUACAAAAACCCAUGUGUUCUAAAUACUACAAAAAUAGGAAUAAUUAUGGACCGCAGCAGACCAGGAGAUUUUAGGGACCGCAAUUAAAAUGGAUCCAGCAGAAGUAAUUUACUGAUGCUUAAUUCUCCUUCUGAGGAAAUUCAUGACAGUCUAUGAAAACCGGUGAAAAUCCAGUGUUUUUUAACACAGACAAGGGGUUGAAAAUGUUAUUUGAUAUUGUGCACAUAGUUAUUCAAGACAUUUUUCAACAUUUACAGCCCAUUUAGUCCACUUAUUUUACUGUACUAAAUAUACACAUUAGUACCCAUAUUUUAUAUUACUGAAAGACAUCAUAUCACCAAAAUAUUCUAAUGUAAAUAAAAUUCUUACUGAAAA